AAGCUUCUCCCUACUCCUUUGUCAACGCUGCAACUUGCUGACAUUCCCUAACUUAAUCGAGGAAAACCAAAAGAAGAAUAUUAACCAUGAAUUUCGACGAACAGAAGCUUCCGGCGGCAUCUGCAAAUAUGGCGGCACUGAAUUGUAUAGACCUCUCCGAUUCCGACAUACAAAGAACAGUCUCUCUCCUCAGACAGGCUUGCUCGGACUCUGGAUUUUUUUAUGUAGUCAAUCAUGGUAUCAGCCCAGAAUUUAUGGAUGAGGUCUUUUCUCAAAGCAAAAGGUUCUUUAGUCUACCACUUGAUGAAAAGAUGAAGCUUCUCAGGAAUGAAAAAAACCGUGGUUACACUCCUCUUCUAGAUGAGCAUCUGGAUCCUGUUAACCAGAUACAUGGAGAUUAUAAAGAAGGAUAUUACAUUGGUGUGGAAGUACCAGAAGAUGAUCCUCAAGCCGAAAAACCAUUUCAUGGACCAAACUUGUGGCCUACGGCAGAUAUUUUACCUGGAUGGAGAGAAACUAUGGAGAGAUACCACCACGAAGCACUCGAGGUUGCAAGGGCAGUUGCUAGAAUUAUAGCCCUAGCACUUGACCUGGAUGGAAACUUUUUUGAUCAAUCAGAAAUGCUAGGCAAUCCUAUUGCAAUCUUGCGGCCGCUACAUUAUGAAGGUAAAAUCUCUGAACCAGAAAGAGGAAUAUAUGGUGCAGGUGCCCACUCUGACUUUGGCUUGCUUACCUUCUUAGCCACAGAUGAUGUCAUUGGUCUUCAGAUAUGCAAGGACAAGCAUGUUGAGCCUCAGAUUUGGGAAUACGUGUCACCAGUAAAAGGAGCAUUUAUUGUGAAUCUUGGAGAUUUACUGGAGCGCUGGAGCAAUUGUUCUUUUAGGUCAACACUACAUCGAGUCUUGGUUAGUGGUCAAGAAAGAUAUUCUAUUGCUUUCUUCGUGCUGCCCAGUUUCAAUUGUGUUGUCAAAUGCCUGCCAACCUGCCAGUCAGAGGAUAAUCCUCCGAAGUUCCCACCCAUCACAUGUGGAGCUUACUUGGUGCAGAGAUAUGAAGAUACGCAUGCCGAUCUGAGCUCCUAGAAUAGUUCGUCCCUGAUUUUUUUUUUGGUAACCCGGAACAUAUCUCGACCCGAACCCUUUGGACCCGAGCUGGCACACCAAAUCGGAGGGAAGCCGACAGCCCCAUACAGCUUUUCCGGGCGAGUCAGGAUGUGCGACGCAGCGGGCACGAACCCUGGUCAGUGGGGACCAGGGUACGAAUCGAACUUUAGUUAAUGGAGAAACCAGCAACAUAAGACUGACCCCUCAACCGUUGCGCCAUAUGUCCUAGGGGCGUUCGUUCCUGAUUGGCAAGGUUGUUGAACCUUUUGCUGAUCUGUUGUUUCAUGUAACGGAUGGUAGAUGUAUAUUCUUAUCAGUUGGUUUUUUCCUAGUAUUUGAUGGUUAGGAACACAAAAAUUAUGACUUAGCUGAAAUAAUCCAGAUUUUGAAACGUUAAAAUACAUUAAAUUGUAUAUUCAGCCGUUACAUU